AUGCUGCGCCUGCUUGCGCAACGCAGGGCGGCCCUUGCCACCGCCGCUGCUGCGGUCGCGGUGACCCAGACACCGAAGGACAAGCUUUCAAUAUAUCCUGAACCAGACCGGGAUGUCCUGCUGAUCGAGACGCCCUCCGAGCUCGAGAAGCAGAUCGGCAAGGUGCGCAGCUCGGUGACCGCGACCUACCUCGACGCCCGGGCACAAGUGCAGGGCGUCGUCUCGCGGUGGAUCAGCGUGGAGGAGUCUGUAGAAAAACGCAUCAAGUCCCUCGUCGCCCCCGACGAGCCACUCACACCGGGCAUCCUCUACGUCGGCGUCGCGACCCUCACCGGCUCCGUCCUCGCGCGGAACCGCUCCCUCCCCGUGCGGCUCGCCCUCCCGCCCACGCUCCUCCUCCUCUCCCUCCGCCACUUCCUCCCCAAGACGGGCCACAACGUCUCCUCCUACCUCGGGUCCCUCGAGGACACCUACCUCCCCGGCGUCGCGGAGAAGCACGACAUCGCCAAGGCGCACAGCGCGAUGACCUGGGCGCGCCUCCAGGACGCGAGCGCCGCCGGCCGCGCGCGCCUCGGCGAGAGCGUGCUCCGCGCGGUCGUGAGCCUCGAGCAGGCGACGGGCUUGAAGCUCCAGGACACCCUGGGGUGGAGUAAGGGCGUUGCGCGCGCGGUGGAGGGCCAGGCGCGCGAGGCGGCGGCGGCGGUGCAGCAGAAGGCGGGGGAGGCGGGGGCGGUGGUUGCGCAGAGGGUGGAGGAGGCGAAGGGCGCGGUAGAGCAGAACGUGCACGAGGCGGAGAGGAAGGCGGACGAGCCUCCGAAGAGACUAGUGUAGAGUAGCGCGUAUGGAUGCUACAGUUGUCCUCAGGGCCUGCUUCCUCCGCGAGAGGUACCUUCCAUUGACAUGGCUGCUCUCUUCAUUCCGCGCGACAUAAGUGCUGUCGCGUUCCGGGUAGCCGCCUCGGACUGCUGGGUGGUAUUGCCUUUCUCGGAAAACUUACGCUCGUCCCGCCGGGCGCCUGUCUGUCCAGCUCACUUGCACUUGACGCUCAUCACCGCCGCACGCGCCGUCUCCUUCACCCCAGACUGACCCAACUCCCGCCGCGCAAUAUGAGCGCAGUCCUCUCCCUGGC